UAACACUAAUCUAAAGUGCAUGAUUCUGUGGUAUUACGGACAUAACUCCACUUGGCCGUCCAAUUACUGAAAGGAGAGGUGAUAAUUCCAACAACGAGGAAACACACUGCAGCAAUGGCACAAUUUAACGGCAAAUUCAAGCUGGAUAAAAGCGAGAAAUUCGAUGAGUUUAUGGCAGCAAUGGGCGUAAACUUCAUGCUCCGUAAAGUCGGAAACUCAACCAAGCCUCUCGUCACCAUGUCAACUGAGGACGGCAAGGUCUUCAACUUUUUAUCAGAGUCUACAUUUAAGAACGUUAAAUUACAGUUCACCUUGGGUGUAGAGUACAGCGAUACAACGCCUGAUGGCAGGAAAACUAAGAACGUCAUCAAUAUGGUUGACAACAAACUUGUUCAAAAUGAGAAGCCUGCCGAUGGUAAGGGCAAAGAGGUUACCUACAUCAGGGAAAUUACUGAGUCAGGGGAUAUGAAACUGACUUGCAAAAUCGAUGAUAUUGUGGCAACACGCAUGUAUCUCAAGCAAUAAAGACCCUCAUUACAAAUCCCCUAUUCCUCAAGUGAGCACCACCCUACUCCCUAACCCAUCAUCAAUACAACGAGGACCCGAAAUGGUCACCCCAGUCUUUAAAUUUAAACGUAUUUUUUGAUAUAGAAAAAUUAAUACAUUAGCGUGAGUUUAAAAUAUGUAUAAUUUGCAAUGUUUAUAAGGUGUGUUAAUCAUUAAAUUUUAUGUUUGAUAUUUUUUACAUGUAAUCUGUAUAUUGUUCGUAUUAUCGAUACAAAAAUAGGUCCCAGCAACCUUAAAAAAAAAAGGAAAAAAACCUAUCUACACUCUGCCGUUGAGGGGUGCGUUAAAAUGAUUCACUUGUACGUCACGUCACUUUCCAAAUGUUGCAAUAAAGCGGCAAGGGGCACCCGAAAAAGACGUUACAUUAAUGACGAUGACGUGACCUUAUUCACUGUUUUUCUUACAUUUAAAAUCAUCACCCCCAUACUUCGAGCACUCAAAAUUUCCACCCUGGUUUUGAAACUUUAAAAUAUUAUUUGGGGUCUAAUGUGUUCUUUAAAUCCAGAUGAUUUAUUAUUUUAUAUUAGGCCUACGAGUCAUUUGAAACAUAUCGUCAUUUCAGCGUUUACUGCGUAUGUUAUUGUAUGGCACGACACAUCGCAGGAUACACAUCAUUGUGUAUAGAGAGAACACAUUGUGUUUUUUUGUCUGAAUGCUUUGAUUUAUUAAAGAACCAUUGGGAUGAACUGCUAAAGAAAAAAUAUUUCUAAGGGGAAUAAGGAGUGUUUCUAAACAUUUUUCAAAAAAAUCAACAUACCCAGAAAACCUUUCAAAAAACGAAUAAAAAGUAAUCUAUUGCGUUCUUGAAAACAAAUAAUGUUGACCUUCAUUGCCAAUAAAAAUCACGUAAACAACUUUGUA